AUGUCUUCUUCACAUUUACAUACUUCACAAAAAAAUGACAACAAUAACAUUAAUACUAAUAAAAGGUAUUAUUGUUAUCGACAUAAAUUAGGUCUAAAGAGAAAUUCUAUGAAUUCUAAUGAAUCUACCAUGCUUGAGAAUUUACAACAGAUGCCAACAGAAGAAAAACAAACAAUUGAACAAAUAUUAUCAUUAUUUUCUAAACUUUCUUUAAAAAGUCGAAAUACUGCUUUAGAAGGUUUAUUGCACCAAUGCUGCUCAACACAAUUAUCAUUUCUUUCAAGUAGAUUGGAGGAUUUGAAUCGAAUAAACUUUAUUGCAUACAUUCCAAAGGAACUCUCGCUUCAUAUUCUUUCUUAUUUAGAUGCAACUUCGCUAUGUCGUGCAGCUCAAGUUUCCAAAACAUGGAGGCUAUUAGCUGACGAUGAUCAGGUGUGGCAUAAAUUAUGUGAACAACACAUCGAUAAAAAAUGUUAUAAAUGUGGUUGGGGACUUCCUUUAUUGGAAAAAAGAAAACACAUGAAUAAAAGAAAAAUCCUUCAAAAUCCAUCACCGCCAUCAUCACCACCACCCUCAUCUACUCUAAUGACAUCACGCCCUUCUAUUUCACUUACAUCGCCAUCAACAUUAGAUAAUAUAAAAAGAGAGACAAAACAAAUCUAUCAAGAGCGUCUUGCCGUUGAAAGAAAUUGGCGAAGUGGUACAUAUAAUACCCGUGUGUUGAAAGGACAUCGAGAUGGGGUAACCUGCCUCCAGUUCAACGAAGAGAAGAAUAUUCUAAUUAGUGGGUCUUAUGACGCAACUGUUAGAAUAUGGGAUAUUGAAACAGGAGAAAAUGUGCGUACACUUAAAGGACAUUGGAGUUGUGUUAAAACACUACAAUUCGAUGAUGUCAAGCUUGUAACAGGCUCUUUGGAUCAUACGAUAAAAUUAUGGAAUUAUAAGACAGGGCAGUGUAUCAGGACGUUUCGUGGACACAUGGGUGGAGUUAAUUCUAUACAUUUUAAUGAACGGAUACUUGCUAGUGGAUCAGCUGAUUGCACAGUUAGGGUCUGGAAUUUCACGUCAUGUGUACAGUAUGCUCUGAGAGGCCACACGGAUCGUGUGAACUGUGUUAGAAUUUACAAACAGUCACGAGUCUUAUCUUCGUCAGAUGACUGUACGAUAAGAGUAUGGGAUUUACCAACAAAAACUUGUGUACGAGUAUUCAAGGGGCAUAUAUUACAAAUUCCGUCGAUAGAAUUUGCCUCCCUAUCGAUGUUUUCAAAAAUGUUUUCUUCAGUUCAUCAAGAAAGCAACAACAAUAAUGUUGAUUAUGGUAGUAAUAAUAAUGAUGAUGGCGGUGAUAGUAUUGUUGAACAAAGAUGCGGAGGAGGAAAUCAUGAAAACGAAGAUUUACCUAUUAUUGUGUCGGGUUCGCUCGACAAUACAAUAAAAAUCUGGUGUUUUCAAUCAGGAAAAUGUUGUAAAACGUUAUUUGGUCAUCUUGAAGGUGUUUGGACUCUGGCAUUAGAUAAAUUGAGAUUGGUGAGUGGUUCACAGGAUAAUUUAGUGAAGAUUUGGGAUAAGGAUACAGGACAUGAUUUACAUACCCUGGAAGGACAUAGCCAACCAGUGACAUGUGUCGCAUUGAGCGACACGAAAAUUAUUAGUGGCAGUGAUGACAAAGAAAUUAGAAUUUGGGAUUUUAAAGUUUAA